GCCCGGCCCGGCCCGCCGCCCCCCGCAACCCCGGGCGCCGCGCGUCCUGCCCGGCCUGCGGCCCCAGCCCUUUUGCUGUUCGCCCGACCCGCGAUCGUCCGCUGGACCGUGCCGCCCGGCCGCCCGGCCUGCCCGCUGUGUGUUUUAGUCUGGGCCGGCCUCCGGGCCGUCGGUCCCCACUGGUCGGGCCAUGCCGAGUCGCCGCGUCGCCAGACCGUCCGCUGCGCCUGAGCUGGGGGCCUUGGGGGCCCCGGACCUCUCCUCGCUCUCGCUGGCCGUUUCCAGGACCACGGCCUCCGUGUCCCCAUCUGCCAAGUGAGGGUGUCUUCCCCACCCUGCUGACUUCACAGAUUACAUGAGAUAAAGGCUGCAGGAAUACUGCUUUCCAAGGAGCAAAGGUCUGGCUGCCAGGAGCCACUCCCCGAGAGUUGAGGAGGAGGACAGCUCUGGCAGCGGGCUGGUUGGUGUCUGAGGCCAGUGGCCAGCACAGGCAACCCUGGGUGGGGCGUCGGGCCCGGCCUGCCCUUGCUUGCUGUGUGACUCCAUGCUCACUUACUCCCUGUGGAGUUCCCCUUGUCCUGUCUGUGGAAUAAAGGGAGAUGAACUGGAGAUCAUCGAUGAGUACAUCAAGGAGAACGGCUUCGGCCUGGAGGUGGCGCCGCCGGGCCCGGGAGAGGGGCUGACGCGCCUGGUGUCUCGCGGGGCAACCUCCCUGAGCACCGUCACCCUGGGCCCCGCCGCGCCCCCGGCCACGCCGCCGCCCUGGGGCUGCCCCGUGAGCCGGCUCGCGCCCUCGGCCCCGCGGCCGCACCUGGUCAUCAUCGAGCAGCCCAAGCAGCGCGGCAUGCGCUUCCGCUACGAGUGCGAGGGCCGCUCCGCCGGCAGCAUCCUCGGGGAGAGCAGCACCGAGGCCAGCAAGACGCUGCCCGCCAUCGAGCUCCGGGACUGCGGAGGGCUGCGGGAGGUGGAGGUGACCGCAUGCCUGGUGUGGAAGGACUGGCCUCACCGCGUGCACCCCCACAGCCUCGUGGGGAAAGACUGCACCGACGGCGUCUGCAGGGUGCGGCUCCGGCCUCACGUCAGCCCCCGGCACAGCUUUAACAACCUGGGCAUCCAGUGUGUGAGGAAGAAGGAGAUCGAGGCUGCCAUAGAGCGGAAAAUCCAGCUGGGCAUCGACCCGUAUAACGCUGGGUCCCUGAAGAACCAUCAGGAGGUGGACAUGAACGUCGUGAGGAUCUGCUUCCAGGCCUCUUACAGGGACCAGCAGGGACAGAUGUGCCAGAUGGAGCCCGUGCUGUCUGAGCCUGUCUAUGACAAGAAGUCCACAAACACGUCCGAGCUGCGGAUCUGCCGGAUCAACAAGGAGAGCGGGCCGUGCACAGGGGGCGAGGAGCUCUACCUGUUGUGUGACAAGGUGCAGAAAGAGGAUAUAUCAGUGGUGUUCAGCAGUGCCUCCUGGGAAGGCCGGGCUGACUUCUCCCAGGCCGACGUGCACCGCCAGAUUGCCAUCGUGUUCAAGACACCGCCCUACGAGGACCUGGAGAUCGUCGAACCCGUGACAGUCAAUGUCUUCCUGCAGCGGCUCACCGAUGGGGUCUGCAGCGAGCCUCUGCCCUUCACAUACCUGCCUCGGGACCACGACAGCUACGGUGUGGACAAGAAGCGGAAACGGGGGAUGCCCGACGUCCUGGGAGAGCUGAACAGUUCUGACCCCCAUGGCAUCGAGAGCAAGCGGCGGAGGAAAAAGCCAGCCUUCCUGGACCACUUCCUGCCCAGCCAUGGCUCAGGCACAUUCCUCCCACCGUCCGCCCUGCUGCCCGACUCAGACUUCUUCCCCAGCCCCGUGUCCCUCCCUGGCCUGGAGCCCCCUGGUGGGCCGGACCUCCUGGACGAUGGCUUUCCCUAUGAAACCACGAACCCUGCACUCUUCACCGUGCUGGACAUGCUGCCCCCGGCCCCGCCACUUGCCAGCGCUGUCUCAGGCAAUGGGGUUGCAGGGGCCACGGUCGGGGAGCCGUCGGGCCCUGAGCCAAUGACACUGGACUCAUACCAGGCUCCAGUCCCCGGGGACGGGGGCACUGCCAGCCUUGUGGGCAGCAACAUGUUCCCCAACCAGUACCGGGAGGCGGGCUUUGGGGGUGGCCUCCUGUCCCCCGGGCCUGAGGCCACGUAACCACCUCAGUGCCAGAGGAGAGGCGCUGGGUGGGGAGGGAGGUGGACGGGGCCGUGGGAACCCAGCCAGGAUGGGCAGUACCCCCCUGGAGCCCCCCUUGGUCAGGUCUCCCCACCUCAUCCUUCUGAAUCGGACGUUUUCUGCAUCGGUGAGCAGCUCUGCAGCACGGGGUUUCCCCUGAGCCCAUUUCACAAAUGAGAAAACUGAGUCCAGAGAGGAACGGGACUUUGUUCCCAUGCACUUAGUCCCCAGAGUUGGGGACACCUUCUCCUGGAUGAUUCUGACGAGUGUACAUACGGAGGACGGUAUUCCAGCCCCCCUUCCCCAGGAAGGUAGGGGAUAGGCUGUUGUCUUUCCAAUAAAGAUGAGUUUUGAGCCUUA